AUGCAACAUGAUGACCAGUAUUUCGCUGCAAAUGUUCGCCAUAUCAUGGAAUACUCCAGAAAAACACUUUUUGCUGCUUUAGACAGUUUAGAAGGUCAAAAAACUAUUGUAUGGGACCGAAGUUUGAUGAAACGAGUCAAUGUGUUUGCCGGUCCUUCCGUUUUGGAGAAACACGAUGUUGUAGCUAAUAUGGCUCUUGAUAAACAACAUGUUACGAAUACUCCUCAUGCUGUUUUCUUCCUGGCCCCCACUCUUAGUGCUUUGGACCAGUUAUGUACAUAUAUAGAUGCAUGUGGGAAAGAAUCGAAGUCAUUAUAUCAAGUUUUCUUCAUACCGGAGGCUUGGUACGUAGUAAGAGAGAAAUUGAAAGAAAGGAGUGAAGGGAAGUAUUUUGAACGAUUAGAAUCUGUUCAAGAUAUCCCAUUAUGGUGGAUGCCCCAGGAUGGAGAAUGCCUUUCCCUUGCAGUCCCUGAAUUGACAUCAAGAUUGUUAAUUAAUGGCGAUUGGACAUAUCUGUACAAAUGCGCUUAUGCCCUACAUCAAGUAAAAAGCAUGUGUUCUGGUGAUGUCCCGAUAUACAGCAAAGGAAAAUGGGCCCAAGAUGUCGUGCGUAUGCUAUCUACAUUAGGACCGCCUGCGGAAUCGUUGCCAGUGAAAAGUUUGUGUCUCAAUCGAAUCGUCAUUAUCGACAGAUGGUUAGAUCCUUUGACACCCCUACUUACUCAAUUGACAUACGCAGGACUGUUAGAUGAACUAUACAGAGUCAGUAUGGUCGGAUCGAUUAAGGUCCUCAAAGCGGAAUUCGAGCAAAAAGAAGAUGCCGAUCCCUUUGAAUUAAAAGAGAUAUACCUAUUGGACGAAAUUUAUCAUCGUUUGAAACAUUCUCAUAUCAACGCUAUCGGACAUGAGUUGGGAGGCAUUUUACAGGAAAUAAGAAAUGAUGAAGAGUAUGACCGGGAAAAAAUGUCAAUUGCUGAGUAUCAAGUGUUAGUGAAAAAAAUGCCCCAAAUUUUGAAAAAAAAGGAAAUGUGUAAUAUGCACAUGCGUUUGGCAGAAAUGAUACAAGCUCAAUUGUAUGAUUCUUUCGUUGAUUACAUCAAAGUGCAGAAAGAUUUAUUGGAGUCGAGUAAUUGGGAGAAAGUGGUUACAUUUAUUGAAGAUCUGAUCUUAGAUGCCGCCGAUGUGUCUAUAGUUCUCAGGAUGAUCGCGAUACAUUCUUUGACUGCAGGUGGCUUCAAACCUUCAGUUCUCGCAGCAUAUAGAAGAAUGGUUAUGCAGAGUUAUGGUACCGACGCUGUGAGCAAACUAUUAAAAAUGCAAAAAAUGGGACUUAUUCGCGAACGUGGAGGAAGUGGAAAGCUGGUUUGCGAUCACAGCCUAAUGAAUUACCCACAAAUACGAAAGCAAUACGAAUUGAUCAUUGAUGACGUACAUGAAGCGGACAAAACGAAUCCAGCAUAUGCAUAUAGUGGAUACUGUUCGUUGCUCUGCCGAAUACUUGCCGAAGGAGACAAAAUCAAGUGGGCUGGCUGGAAUAAGCUGGGUGAUUAUAAAGGAGGAGAAGAUGAUAAAACAGCAGUUUUUAUAGUAGGCGGAGUAACAAGAGCGGAAUUGGCGAUAAUUAAACAAUUACCAAACAUAUCAUUAGUUCUUACAAGCGCUUUAUUAGUGGGUGAUAGUUUAGUCGACAAAAUAACUACAAUAUGA